AUGUUUGAGUUUUUCUACAGCAUUGUUCACAAGGACGCGUUUUUGGAAUCAAAGUGUUUGUAUUUAGUUGCUUUACUCUGCUGUAGCUCACAUGUUCUUCUCUUACUUUCCAUGGAGGCAGGUCAGUUCGAACAAAGUGUGCAUACUGCUCAGUUUUUUCUACCAAUGCAAACGUCUCAAAAACAUCACAGUGUGGCUGGACUGCAAAUUCUGUAUCCUCAAGUCUACUCUUCACCCCAGUUCCAAGUAAUAGACAGAAGGAAUGGCUUCUCUGAUACCCCAUCCAAAGAAAGUUUCUUCACGCUUGAAUACUCCACUGCUUCCUAUGACUCCCCUUCUGUUGAAGAGUACUCAGGCUUCAGCACCGCUGCUGGGAAGUCCUGGAACUGGGAUGAGCUCUUGGCAUUGACUCCGCAGCUGGUGGAAGCCGCCAGGGCGGUUGAUGAAGGGGAUGUCGCUACAGCGUGUGGUUUCAUCGAUGUUUUGGAACAAAUGGUGUCUGUUUCAGGCAGUCCCAUCUAA